AAGCAGUCUCGCGACGAAUUUCUCGCCAAAAGAAGAGGCGACGAUAUUGACUGGCCUUCAGUCGACCAUGGCGAGCUCAAGCAGGCAGGGGAAUCCUGCUGCGACUGGUGACAGCUACUACAUGCCCGGCAAGGCCGACAGCGAUCAAUUCGAGGUCGACCUCAAAGCUUUUCCAACGGCAUCGAGCAGCUCGACCUACGAUGGUUCAUGGUGGCAGCGCAAAGGGCUCAACCCUUUCGCAGCGUCUACACCUCUGGGUGCAAUGUAUCACAAAUUUGAAAGCUGGCGGGCUCAGCUCGACCUGCCUCCACCUGGCUCAAUCGAGAAUCUCGGUAGAGAGACGAAAAACGUCAUGGCUAGCUCGCAUUGCUUUGAGGGCGCAAGAGCGGACUUGGCCAAAGCGAUCGGUCUCAGUCCGCCCUUUCAGAUCACGCACUCCUUCACGCUCGGAGGCCCGACAGCGAGCAGCGCCAUGGAUCCAGCGGCCGGCAAAGGUGGCUCGUACCAGUUCUCAUCCUUCUAUGCACCUCAGGAUUUGCUCUUGCAAGGUAACAUAGAUCAAGAGGGGGCCGUAUCAGGACGAGCAAAUUAUUCCAUCAGCCCGAGUGACAUACUCAAGCUACAGCUUCAGCUCUCGCCGAAUAAGGCGCAUAACACCGUCCAGCUUGAGCAUGACAGACAAUCGGGCGACUAUGCCCUCAACUUCAAAGCCUACAACGCUUCUCUGGCAGACGCAACCGGCAUUUAUACAGCGUCAUACCUGCAGUCGAUCUCUCAAUCUGUCGCGCUAGGUGCAGAGGUUGUCUGGCAGCGUCCGCAAGGCGCAGACAUCGAAGAGGCGGGCAUUAAUUACUACGCCCGACUAGCCGGCAAGAACAGAUCUUGGCUAGGCUCUGCCUUCCUCAUCAAUGGCUCUAUCCUCAAUGCGACAUAUUAUCAAAAGAUCAACGAUAAGGUCGACUUGGGUGCGGAGCUCACGAUCGUGCCGCAUCCCAUUCCUGCGCAACGACAGUCUAGUGCGGCGCUGGGCGUGAGGUAUGAAUUCAGGGCCGCCUCGGUGCGCGCACAGCUCGACAGCAAAGGCAAAGUGUCCAUGUAUCUCGAUCAACGCAUCACCCCAGCCUUCGGCUUCCUUGUCAGCGGCGAGAUCGAUCACGUCAAGAAUUCGUCGAAAUGGGGCAUCGGAGUCAUGGUCGAGUCUCAAAACUUUACAGAAGCCGAGAUCGCGGCAGCUGGCAUGGGCCCGCCACAGCCAUCAGUAUGAUUUGCUUCGCAGGCCUGAUAUCUCGCGCGAUAUAUGCAUGUCACUUCUCGCCCGUCUAGUAGAGGCCAUACAAGCGUAUGCUAUACACAGAACCUCAGCAUGCUCUAUCCGAGCGCUGAAAUCGUCGCGCUUGAGACAAAUUGCCUAGCCUCAUCGCUGCAAGAUGAUUGGCGUCCGAGGCGGGGACGCGCCUUAGGUGCAAGGCUUGACAGAGUGUUGACAGGUCGCAGCUUCGUGCUAUGCGUCGCGGGUGGUGAGGGCAGGGCGCGGCCUCGCUCGACUGAGCUGCCAAGAUGCCGCAGCUCGGCGCGACAGGCCCGCGAGCGUGCGAGCAUGGUAUUGGCAAAGCCCUUUAGAUCC